AUUAAAUAUUCUGACAUCAUUGGGGCAUAUGUUGAAAAAAACAGCAUGUGAGGAGAUAGUGUCAAAAGGUUUGAGAAAGUGAAAGUUUAAACGAAAUUAAAAACAACAUUAAAAAGAUAGCAAUUUUUUUAUUAAAAUGGGCUGGUGUGUUGUUGUUGGUUGUAGUAAUAAUACUUUUACAAAAAAUAGAGAAAAAAAUAUCAGUUUUUUUCGUUUUCCGUCAAAUAUUACCUUGAAAAAGAAAUGGUUAGCUAACAUUAAAAGAGAAAACCCACCUAAAGAGGCGAAGAUUUGUCAUCAGCAUUUUGAGAAUUCAUGUUUUACAAGAGAUUUACAGAACGAACUUCUUAACAAACCACUCAGACGUUUGCUCAAAGAUGACGCUGUUCCAACUUUAUUUCCUCACAACUCAGGAAAACAACCACAAAAGCGAAGAUCCAGCAUUCUAAGAGAGGAGACUGCAGUCAAACGAAAACUAUGUGAAGAUGCAAUCAUUCACAAUGAAGAAGUUGAACACUUGGAACUUGAGAUGAAUUCUAAAGGUACACAAGCUGUCUUUACACCUGAAACAAAUUGUGUAUCUACUCAAACGGAAAAACAAAGUAACGCAAAUAAAGUGAAUGUUGCAGUUCAAUGUGAUUAUAAGCCCAUUCAAGUUGCAGCUAAUAAUGACCUUAAUGAAAUCACUUGUAGCAGUGAUUCAGAAAGUAGUUACACCGAAACUGAUUGUGAGUAUCUAAAUGAAAGUGAAUAUAGCAGUGAUCAUGAAUAUAAUAUCAACACGCAAGUUCCUCAAAAAGCAGCUUUCAUAGUAUAUUGGUCAUCAUUAUUGGUAUUCUUUCAAAGAUGUUUAACUUGUUCAAUGCCUGCUUUCGUGAAAUGCUUCAGUACAAAGGGUUCUCAGCUAAUGGUAAAAUUGCUCUGUGUGAAUAAUCACAAUAAUACCUGGAGGUCUCAACCAAUUAUCAAUCGGUAUUCACAGGGAAACUUAACGCAAGCAGCAGCGGUACUUUUUAGUGCAAAUACGUUCAAACGAAUGGCUAAAUAUUUCAACCUUGCAAGCAUUCAAUGGAUAACUAAAACUAGUUAUUACACAAUUCAAAGAAAAUUCUUAGCAGGAGUAGUGCAUGAAAAUUAUUCUAGAAUGAACACAAAAUUAAUAAAUGAAAUAAAAUUAAUGGGUCCAUGUCAUCUCAGUGGCGAUGGAAGAUGUGACAGCCCUGGCCACAAUGCAAAAUAUCUUACUUAUUCACUAAUGAACCAGAAGACCAAUGAAAUUAUUGCAUUAUCAAUCACUCAGGUGUCUGAAGCAGGGAAUUCUUACAGAAUGGAAAAACUAGGGUUUACUAAAGCUCUUACCUACUUGAAGAGUCAAAACACUGUAAUAGAACAGAUAACAACAGAUAGGCAUAAACAAAUACGAAAGUAUAUAAGAGAAGAACAACCUGAUAUUGAUAUUAUCCUUCGAUUUGACAUUUGGCACUUUUGCAAAAACAUUAAAGCAAAACUUGUAGAUGCCAGCAAAAAAUCUUCCUGCAACAUUAUCCAGAAAUGGAUAAAAUCUAUUUGUAAUCAUCUAUGGUGGGCGUGUGCUACUUGUAAUGAAGACGAGGAGCUUUUGCCUGAAAAAUGGAUAAGUGUUUUAUUUCAUAUCCAAAACAAGCACAAAUGGAUAGGCAGUAAUAAGUUCACGAAAUGUGAGCACCCUCCUUUGCCAAGAAAAAAAGCAAAAGCUAAAGAAUGGAUUGAAGCAAAUUCCGACGCAUUUCUUGCUUUGCAGUCAAUAGUUUUAAAUAAAACGCUAUUAACGGACUUAAAACAUCUUACAAGAUUUUCUCACACAGGUACAUUGGAAGUGUACCAUUCUUUGUACAAUAAAUGGGCACCAAAAAGUCAACAUUUUUCACAUCUUGGAAUGAUCACUAGAAGCCAGUUGGCAGUUUUAGAUUUUAACAAAGGUAGCAACUUGGAACAAACAACUACAAGUGGAGGAGAAAAAAGAUAUAAUGUUAAUUUUUCCAAAAUCACUGGAACAUGGUCAUCAAAACCAAUUAAAGCUGAUAAAAACAAUUCAUAUUUGCACAAAAUGGUUGAACAGACCCUUGAAUGCGCUUCAAACGGAUUGACACUAGAGCUUCCAAAAGUGCUACAAAACCUGCCAAAGAACAUUGCUAAAACUCCCAAGCCGAACAAAAAAGAGCUGAUCACAAACCAGGUCUCCAGAUUUCAGAAAUAAAACUAUUUUUUUAAAGACAUUUAUAUUUAAUUCAACAUAUUAAAUAUAAAGAUGACACAAGUCUUAAAUUUCCAUGUUAGUCUUUCUUUCCUUCGGAGUAAGGAACAUAAUUAUUAUCAAGCUCUGGAUAUAAGUUUCGUAUUUCCCACAAGGCACAAGACGGAAUAACACGUCGAUUUCCUUUCCCCAAAUGUUGGUACAGCCACCAUGUAAACUGUUUGUAUGCAGCAUAUCGCAUUGACCUAUUUUUUAUGUUUUCUUCUAAAUGGUCUCCUUUUGAUUCGUGUAAUCCAACAAGAACAUUUUUUAAAACGUCUGCAUUCAAACAGAGUGUCUUAAAUUGGUCUAAUUGUGUUACACAUAGUUGCUGUUCAAUUUUGUCUUGCAAAGCCCCAACUUCUUGGCAACACAAACAAUCAAUAUCUCUUUGCUCUACUUUACAUUUUCCACAGGUGCACCACUCUGUAUUUCCAGUUCUUGUCUUUUCUUCUGCUGAAACUUCAUCAUUAGUUAAAUCUAAAAAUUCUUCCUCAUCUGAAGCUGCUGACUCAGAGGAAGAGAUAUCUAUUUCUGGUUCAAAAAGAUAUGGUUUCAACGACUUCAUCAUUCCUUCCAUUUUUUCAACAUCUUCAUCUUCACUUUCUUGUUCAAAAAAUAUUUCAUCAUUUGAAAAAUUUUCUGAGUCAGACAUUUUUUAAGUAUAGUUUAAGUGUGGGUUGUUUUCUGUUUUUAAACUCUUUUCAG